AUGGGGCGAUGGCUGAGGCGGAAGGGCUGGGUUGAAGCAGCUGAUGUCGACAUGGUUGCUGACCAUGAACUCACCGCCAAAGACCAGCCUGGGAAAGAGCGAGCUGGGGUGCGCUUGGUUCUAGAGUUUGCGACGGCAUAUGCGAUUACGAAGGCACUACUGCCGCUCCGUGUAGCUGCAAGCGUGUGGGCCACGCCAUGGUUUGCCAGGGCCAUCGUCGUCCCAAUAAGCAGGACAGCUAGACGACUGGUUGGCAAAGACUGA